AGAUCGUAUAUGCAACGACAAGUUAUGUCAGGAGAUAUUUCCCUGCAUUAGAUGCCAUAUUGACAUUUCCUGUCAUUUACCACUACACUGCUUCUGCGGGGUAUAGAGCUUCUACCGAGGGGCAUAUAGACAGUUACAACAUGACAAACGAUGUGAGCACAACAAGUGGUGGUGUGAUAAUUCAGAGAAGACCCAGUGUUAUAAAGGCGGUUCCAAAGCAGGAUGAAACCGUUGUGGAUGAAAGGGAAUGUGACACGAUAGCUGUUGUAGGAAUGGAUGAAGUAGACGAUGGGUUAAAAAGUGAACAGGAUGGAUCAGAAUCGGGAGAAGAAGAAGGAGUGAAGACAAAAAGAAAAAGAGAGGAUUCAGUUGAGGGAAGUAGGAAGACCAAAAGAAAGAGAGUGGAAGUUCUGGAGAAGAAUGAAAGUAAGGAAGAUGAUGAUUGGAAACCUAUAGGUAGGUAGGGGGAGGGAGAUGGGGGUAGGUGGGUGGUGGUAAUGAUGAUGGUAGUGAUGAUGGUGGUAGUAAUAAUGAUGGUGGGUGGUGAUGAUGAUGAUGGGUGGUGAUAAUGAUGGUGGGUGGUAAUAAUGAUGGUGGUAGUGAUGAUGGUAGUAAUGAUGAUGGUGGGUGGUGAUAAUGAUGAUGGUAGUGAUGAUGGUGGUAGUGAUGAUGGUAGUAAUGAUGAUGGUGGGUGGUAGUGAUGAUGGUGGUAGUAAUGAUGGUGGUGGGUGGUGAUGAUGAUGAUGAUGAUGGUGGUGAUGAUGGUGGGUGGUAAUAAUGAUGGUGGUAGUGAUGAUGGUAGUAAUGAUGAUGGUGGGUGGUGGUGAUGAUGGUGGGUGAUGAUAAUGAUGAUGGUGGGUGGUGAUAAUGAUGAUGGUGGGUGGUGAUAAUGAUGAUGGUAGUGAUGAUGGUGGUAGUGAUGAUGGUAGUAAUGAUGAUGGUGGGUGGUGAUAAUGAUGAUGGUAGUGAUGAUGGUGGUAGUGAUGAUGGUGGGUGGUAAUGAUGAUGGUAGGUGGUGAUGAUGAUGGUGGGUGCCGGGUGGUAGUAAUGAUGAUGGUGGGUGGUGGUUAUGAUGAUGGUAGUAAUGAUGGUGUUUGGUGAUAGUAGUUAUUUUAACCUACUGAUUCUUUCAUGCAGGUUUUUACUGUACCAUAAAGCCAGCCAUAGCAACAGGUCAUGUUAUGUAAAUUCUUAAUCAUUUGCAUUAUUUAAGCCUUUAGAAAUGUAUUGUCUUUAACCAAUUUAGAUGCAUAUUCAUUAGCAUAGCAUGACCAGUUGCCACAGCUAGCUUCACACUGUUUGAUUUUAAUAAUGAUAAUAUGGGUUAAUAAUGUCACAAAUAUGCCAAAACAAUAGGCAAUUCUAGCUUUUAGUUUAUGCGUGUAGGGGGCGAUGGGAAGUAAGGUAUCAUAUUGCUGAUUAUGCUGAAAAAAUAAAAUGGCGACCGUGUAAACACGGAGUAACAGCUUAUACUUGAAAUAUUUUGCUUGUUUCGGCAGUUUUUAUUGAAAUUUUUCAGCAUAAUCAGCAAUAUGAUACCUUACUUCCCGUCAUCCCCUGCGCGCAUAAUUUAAAAGCUGGAAUUGCCUAUAGGUGGGACAAAAAUCCAUUUCGGUUAUUUCAGUCUCAAUAAUUUUAAUAGAAAUGAAAUAUAAUAUUUAGUUUAUCAUGUAGUUAAUUUUAAUAAUAAAUAGCCCCUUUUCUCUUGUAGAAAACAAACGUCACAUGUGCAAAGAAUGUGGUAUGCGGUUCAAGAAACCAAGUGCCCUGGUGAUACACCUCCGAACCCACUCGGGGGAACGACCUUACGCGUGUGAACUUUGUGACAAACGCUUCUCAAUCUCGGGCAACCUGCGCCGACAUAUGUUCACACACACGGGCGAGAAGCCUUACAAAUGUCAGGCGUGCGGGCGAGCUUUUAACAACCCAAGUCACCUGGCAAGGCACUCCAAGAAAAUACAUAUUUAAGGGUGUGCAGGUUUUGAGUUGCCUUGGUAAAAGAUGGAGACAGGUGAACGGCAUACGGCUCAGUCCGAGAGGACUGCGAAGAUUAACCGAAC